UUUGGAGUUACUCUGGUGUCCGUGUUGUAACGUUAAGGGAGGAGGGAGGCGAGGACGCAGAGUGAAGAAGUGAAGCGCGUUCAACGCCUGAAUCUAUCGGACAUUUAUCCGAGAUGGAGACUUUAUCCAAACUCGCCUUCAGUUUAUGGAUUUAUUGUUUAUUUCAAACAGAUGUUGUACUAGGCUCCAACAUCUGUACUUCUCGAGGGGCCAGUACAUGUCAGCAGUGUCUGGCUGUUCAUCCUACCUGUGCCUGGUGUUUUGAAGAGGGAUUUGGACAUGAUGUCUCUGGAUCCUCCCGGUGUGACCUAAAGAAGAAUCUUAUAGAAGCAGGAUGCAGUAAAAGAGGCCUGGAGUAUCCCACCAGCAAAACGUCUGUAACAGAGGACAAGCCUCUUAGUGACAAGGCAUCUGGAUCCACCACCGACGUCACACAAAUCAAACCACAGCGCAUGUACAUCACUCUUAGACCUGAUGAUUCUCAAGUCUUCAAACUUAAAGUCCGGCAAGUUGAGGAUUACCCUGUGGAUCUGUAUUAUCUGAUGGACCUGUCCUACUCCAUGAACGAUGACUUGUCUCAGUUGCGGAAACUGGGACGGGGCCUGGCUGAAGAGAUGAGUAAAACCACCAGUAAUCUGCGAAUGGGCUUCGGGGCUUUUGUGGAUAAACCGGUGUCUCCGUACAUGUACAUCUCUCCUCAGGAGGCUGUGUUAAAUCCCUGCUAUUCGAUCCCAUACAAGUGUCAGCCUCAGUUUGGCUACAGACAUGUUCUCUCUCUGACGGAGGAGGUGAGCCGCUUUACAGAGGAGGUGAAGAAACAGAAAGUGUCUCGCAACAGAGAUGCUCCAGAGGGAGGCUUUGAUGCCAUCAUACAGGCAGCUGUGUGCAAGGAAAAAAUUGGUUGGAGGCCGGGUGCAUCCCACCUACUGGUUUUCACCACAGAUGCCAAGACACACGUGGCGCUGGACGGACGCCUGGCAGGCAUUGUGCGACCCAAUGAUGGCCAAUGCCAUGUGGGCACAGACAACGUGUACAACAUGUCGACAACUAUGGACUACCCCUCCCUGGCUUUAAUCACAGAGAAAAUGUCUGAAAACAACAUAAAUCUCAUUUUCGCUGUGACCACCCAUGUAGAAUCACUAUAUAAGAACUACAGUGAACUAAUUCCUGGCACUGCAGUGGGGAUUCUGUCUGAAGAUUCGCACAAUGUCAUCCAGUUAAUACAGGACGCAUACGCUAAACUGCGCUCUAAGGUUGAGCUGGAGCUCUUGAAUGUCCCUGAAGAGCUCAGUCUGACAUUUAAUGCCACGUGUCUCAACGGAGAGGUCAUCCCAGGACUGAAAUCUUGCUCUGGACUCAAAAGAGGAGAUACAGUCUCAUUUACAGUAGAGGCUAGGGCCAGGGGCUGCCCCAAACAGAAACGCAAGACCUUCACCAUCAAGCCUGUGGGCUUCAAAGACACCCUGCAGAUCACAGUCAACAUCGAGUGCGAGUGUAAAUGUCAAGCGAAGGCCGAGCCUGACAGUCCCGUCUGUCACCACGGCAACGGCACCUACGAGUGUGGGAUAUGCCUGUGUAACCCAGGACGACUGGGCCCCAGGUGUGAGUGUGCAGAGGGGGACUACAGCCCCACUAAGCAGGACGCCUGCAGCGGUCCGGACAGGGUGAUCUGCAGCGGCCGGGGUGACUGCGUGUGCGGGCAGUGUGUUUGCUACAAUAAUGAUUUCGGCAAGGUGUGGGGAAAAAGAUGCGAGUGUGAUGAUUUCAGCUGCCUGCGGUAUAAAGGAGAGCUCUGCUCAGGUCAUGGAACAUGUUCCUGUGGGUUUUGCCAGUGUGAUCCGGAUUGGAAGGGGGAAAACUGUAACUGUUCUACUCGCACAGACACCUGUAUGUCCAGUUUAGGGCUGCUGUGCAGUGGCCGUGGCCAGUGUGUUUGUGGAAGCUGUGAGUGCACUCAGCCUGGGGCCUACGGCUCCACCUGCGACAAAUGCCCAACUUGUCCUGAUGCCUGCACCAUUAAGAAGGAUUGUGUCGAGUGUAAACACUUUAAAAGAGGCAAACUAUUCGACGAUGAGACAUGCGGUCGAAUCUGCAGAGAUGAAAUCACACUGGUGGAUGAUCUAAUCUUUCAUGAUAAGAAUGCAGUCAAUUGCACCUAUAAGGAUGAAGACGAUUGCGUGCAAAGGUUUCAGUACUAUGAAGACAACAGCGGCAAAUCUAUCUUGUUUCUAGUCAAAGAACCAGACUGUCCUAAAGGUCCUGAUAUUUUGGUGGUGCUCCUGUCGGUAGCAGGUGCCAUCUUAUUCUUGGGUCUGGCCGCCCUGCUCAUCUGGAAACUGCUCAUCACCAUCCACGAUCGCCGUGAAUUUGCAAGGUUCGAGGAGGAACGGGCGCGUGCCAAAUGGGAAACGGGCCACAACCCACUCUACAAAGGGGCCACGUCAACAUUUACCAACAUUACAUAUCGAGGCAAGGACUGACUACAGUGACCGACAUGAACUUCACAGGGUUGACAGAUAAUAUCUGUGUGUAAACCAUCUUCUAACCAUGUUGUGAUCAUGCAAGAGCAAGAACAGAAAAGUGUUGUACAUUUUAUAGCUGUAAAUAUGUACAGUCAAAAUAACAAGGUAAGGCCACGUUCACACUUAACUUCUUUUUUGACAGGACGUAUUUGGUUACAAAUAGCAGCUGAACGUCAUGACUUCAGAGGCGACGUCUGUACAGGAAGGCAGCCAAGAAACACAUAGGCAGCGUAACGGAAGUCUAUUUAAAACUAAACAGAGAGCGUCUCUGCAAUAACUUCACAUAUGUAAAAACUACAUUUUAAACUUAAACUUGUACAAAACUAUGCUCCAACGGGCGUUUCGGCCACCAUUUAAUUUUUCGAGCUCGAGCCUUCUCGACCAAUCACGUUCCUCAUAUCUUGUUACGGAAGCGACAGGUCUCUGGUUAGCUGUGAAAAAGCUUGAUGUAGGGCGUCUUUUUUAGAAAAGUUUAACUUUUUUCAACCUCGGAAGACGCUCUGAGCUGCAGAAAAAGCCACUGGCGUUUAAAAAAUCGCUCAGGACGUUUUUUGAAAAAAGAGUUUACUCCAUAGGAUUAUAAUGUAAAACAGAUGCUAGCAGCUUCAAAAAAGAAGUCAAGUCUGAACAUGGCCUUAUUCGGUCAGACUUAUACUAUCUCUUCAUAAAAGUCUUAGAUUUGUUUGUCACUGGAUAAAGCAUAAUCUUUAGACUAAUGUCAAGUCGUAUUUUUGUCAGCACAGUGCCUGAGAGAUUAGCUGCUCAUUUCAGCAGCACACGCCAAACUAUUUCCUCUCUCUUUCCACUUGCAGCGGGCUGUGACAGAUAUGAAUGCGAACAGCCUGAGCAAUUGUUGCAACUACUGAUGGGUUGUGUUAACACUGUAUCCCUCAUUAUGAGAAUGACAUGUUCUUAUUUAAAGCUGUGGGUAUAGCUUUAUUAAUAUUCCGAAAUUACACCAUCCUUGAUCAUUCACGCUUUACGUUGGCUACUGAUUUUGGAUGUGUAUGCCUUGUUCCUAAAUCUAAGAUCCAAAAGUCCUGUAUAGUCCUGUAUACAUAUGUUUUGUUGUACUGUAAGUAUUGUCUGUUGCAUUAAAUGUUCAAUAAAAAUAACCUGAUGAAACGUAAUUCAUAAACUGAUAGAAUGACAAAAGCCAUUCUCAAAUCAAUUGCAAGAAGGUAACAGUGCCCCCUAAUGGGAAUUAAAUGAACUUCUGGAUUCAAUAUUUUUGCACUGUUAGAACAUUGAACUUGAACAUAGAAGUGUAAUAUAAUUCAUUUAAUUAUUUUUAUUUUAUUGUUGGCGAGUGGGGUUAAUAGGGGAUUAAUAAAGGACAUUGAUAAAAA